CUCGCUCUUAUCCACAACUCCAUAUUCUCAAAUUGAAAUUCACAGUCCAAUUCCCAAUUUCAUUUCCAUCAGUCCACUGACAGUCCAUUAGCAAUCUUUUCGGCGGAAAACUACUAGAAGUUCAUAUAAGCAUUUCAUCGAACAGUUUCCGUACACAAUGGCGACGGCAUUUACUCCUGCAACUCAUAUACGCUGUAAUUCUCCAAGAAUCCUCCCGUCCUUCAUCCCAGGUUCUAAUUUGAAAUCUGGGAAAGUUGUUUCGUGGAAUGCGGCUUCGAAUUACGUUAAGCUUCAGGUCGGGACAGGGGGGUUUUCUGGCAAGCCUCUUGUUGUUACAAAGCCAUGGAUGAAGAGAGCCAGUACUUUGAGAUGUGCAACUAUUGAAGAAAUUGAGGCGGAGAAGUCUUUGAUUGAGAAGGAUGCUAAAGGAAGGAUGGAAAAGACUAUUGACACUUUGAGGUCCAAUUUUAUGUCCAUAAGAACCGGGAGAGCGAACCCAGCAAUGCUGGAUAAAAUUGAGGUGGAGUACUAUGGAACACCAGUGAACUUAAAGAGUAUAGCUCAAAUCAGUACUCCUGAUGCAAGUUCUCUCAUGGUACAGCCUUAUGACAAAUCCAGCUUGAAGGCUAUAGAAAAGGCAAUUGUCAGCUCUGACCUUGGUUUGACUCCAAAUAAUGAUGGAGAAGUUAUUAGAUUGACCCUCCCUCAACUGACAUCAGAGAGGAGGAAGGGGCUGUCAAAAAUUGUCGCCAAACAGGCUGAAGAAGGGAAGGUGGCUAUAAGGAAUAUAAGAAGAGAUGCUAUUAAAUCCUAUGAAAAACUUGAAAAGGAGAAAAAGCUCUCUGAAGACAAUGUGAAGGAUCUCUCUAGUGAUCUGCAGAAAGUGACGGAUGAGUACAUGAAGAAGAUUGAUUCAAUCUUCAAACAGAAGGAGAAGGAGUUGCUGACAGUUUGAGAACAUUUUUAUGCCGACUUCUUGUAGUUAGAGAGUUCAUCAACGAAGUCCAUUUCCGUGCAUAGUGUUGUUGCAAAUCCGGGCUUGUUUAGUAUCUGGAAAUACGAAAAGAACAGUGAGAAAACUGAUAUCUUGAAGGUAUUGCUCUUUUUUAGGCUCCGAACAGUUUUAAUGAGCAAAUACUUGUAUCUUGUACAUUUUAUUAAAGAUGAAGCUGAUUUUAGGCUGAAUGAUUUCAUUAUAUUUUCGGUAUCUUGCUCAAAACAAUUUCAUCUUUUCCUUAUUACUGCAACGCUAACGUUGAUAAUUUUAUACGAGGAACUACAAUUCCUUUUUA